GAAAACCCGAUAUUCCAACGCCCGAUUGCACAGUGGCGGAGAAGAGAAACCUCCAUUGGUUGUGGUACUGCUGUCUUUUUGUUUCCGACGUUUACUCCAUACAACAGACACUCUCGUGUAUUUAUAUAUAUACACCAAAGCAAGCACACACACAGAGACGUUCGUCGCUGCGGGACAUUUUUUACACACGCACCGAAUUUUGCUGCACCCACACUUGCGUUUGACCAAGGCUCGAUCCGACUUCGGACUUGGUUGAUAGUAUUCGUACUAUUGUGAUUGAUAAUCGUACUCGUUUUCACCAUGAUGAAUGGCACGACUGCGGAACGCAACGGUGCCGCUGCCGGUAUACAGACUUGUACAAAAGACAACGACGUAGUCUCCUCGGUGUCGGACUCGCCAGAGUCCGUCGCAGAGCCCACUGCGACGGCACCAACCGCCGAUUCUGUCCCGGACGCCAACACGACGCCCAAUCCCAUUGUCUCGAGUACCAAAAAAUCGAGACCGCCCUACCAAUACGACCCGCACAAAAUUACGCUCCGCUUUUUGUUCGCCAACCGGGAUGGACUCACCGUUACGGUAGAAUGUGAACCUAACGAUACCGUAGGACAAGUCAAAGGUGCUCUGCUUUCCGUAUGGCCCACCGAUUUACCAACGUGCGACGGCAGUGACCGCGUCCGCUUAAUUUGUAUGGGCAAGGGCUACCUGAUGCCGGACACGCGGACUUUGGAAGAUUGUCAAAUACCCGUCUUUAAAACUCACCCCACACCCGUCAACGUUUCCGUACUACCCGUGGACAACGCCGUGGAAGAAGCCCACGGCAAGAAGGAUACCAGGAAGAAAAAGGAAAGCACACACACGGGCGGUCACGCCCGUACCAAUGCGGCACGGUCACCCACCAACGACGGAGCCGCCACCGCCGCCGUCAACCAAGGAUGUGCCUGUAUCUUACUGUAAGACGCAAUGCAAUGGCCGGGGGAGGGAUCUUGGUACUACGACAGCGAUCAUGAAACUCUACCGACACCUUGCGAAUGUCUUGCUCGUUACGCCAUUGGCCCCCUCCUGGAAAAGCACGGGCUGGUCGUUUUGGGGUGGAGUCCCGGUUUUCUAUCGGCACCCACCGACAGUACACUUCUACGAACAGUUGCGGGUUCUACCUUGUGUACCAGAAUGACGCUAACUAACUGUAAAAACCUGCGGAUUGCCAGCAC